ACAAAACAGACAGAGAGAUCAAUUUUUGACACUUCGAACGUUAAACAGAAUCACACCAACUUUUUCCUUGUUUUCUCCGAGGAAACCAAAAUUUGCACAGUUUGACUCUGAAAAAAUGGCAACUCUAUCAAGCUCAAUCGCUAUGGCGAUGAAUCCACAGACCCAUUUUCUGUCAGGUUCCUCGUUGAAGCCAGUUGAUAAAUGCUUCUUGAAAAUCAGCUCCACUGAACAAUUUCCAUGUUCCUCUGUUAGAGCUAAAGCAUCACGUAACUUGUCGGUUAUAGUUCGAGCAAGCAGGGAUGAUGGAAGUACAAGUAAUGGAAGUGCUUUUGUUGGUGGCUUUGUAUUGGGGAGCCUGAUUGUUGGAGCAUUGGGAUGUAUUUAUGCACCAAAGAUAAGUGAGGCACUAGCUGGAGCCGACAGUAAAGAACUAAUGAGGAAACUUCCAAAGUUUAUCUUUGAUGAAGAAAAAGCUCUCGAGAGGACUCGCAAGAUACUAACGGACAAAAUAGCGCAACUGAAUGCGACCAUAGAUGGUAUUUCAGCACAGUUGCAUCCAGAUGAAGACUCAAAUGAAUCGGCAGUAGUAUCAGAGGAAAUUGGAGCUUCCACAUACUAAUAUUAAAUCAUUUGAAGGAUACUUGAGUACAAAUUUUAACCUUUUUUUUUUUUUCUUGUUGGUCAAGAAAUAUAUCUUUGGUUAUUGCAUUUAAAUUUACAAGUUAAUUUUUCUUAUUUUAAUUAACAAUUUAUUUUUAUAAUUGUCAAAAUUACUCAAGUGUUUUUGGUCUUGGUUUGCUUGAGAAAAUGACAGCACCAAUAAUGCUUGAAGGAUUCCAUUUGAAGUUGAUGUUCACAAAAUGAUUUUGAAUCAUUGAAUCUAUUCAUAUAGGUGAUAAAUGCCACAGGUUGUAUGUAUAA